CUGACGAGGGGCCGAGAUGGGGAAAAAGCUGGACCUUUCCAAGCUCACGGAUGAAGAGGCCAAGCACGUCUGGGAAGUGGUGCAGCGGGACUUCGAGCUGCGGCGGAAAGAAGAGGAGAGACUGGAGGGGCUGAGGGGCAAGGUGAAGAAGGAGAGCUCCCAGAGGGAGCUGGUUUCCGACGCGGCCCACCUGAACGACACCCACUGUGCCCACUGCCUGCAGCCCUACCGGCUCCUGGAGGGCCCCAAACGGCAGUGCCUGGACUGCCGCCUCUUCACCUGCCAAGGCUGCAGCCACACCCACCCCGAGGAGGAGGGCUGGCUCUGCCACCCCUGCCACUUGGCCAGAGUCGUGAAGAUGGGCUCCCUGGAGUGGUACUACGGGCACGUGAGGGCCCGCUUCAAGCGCUUCGGAAGUGCCAAAGUGAUCCGGUCCCUCUGCGGGCGGCUGCCAGGGGGAGGUUUGUCUGACAGAGCACAUAGCUCGCCCAGUGUCCACAGUGGACCUGAGCCAAGCCCUGGAGAGAGAAGUAGAGACAGUGAGCAUUCUGAUACGGAUGGAGAGCUGGACGCAGGGGCUCAGGCCCAUCCCCUUGGCAGCAAACCUGUGCCCGCCAAGAAAAAGCGCCUCCUCCCCAUUCACAGCCUGGACUUCGAGGCGGACUCUGACGACUCCACGGGGUGUUGCGGUCACCCCCCGAGCCUGUCCUCAGUCCCAAAGGCCCCGGACAGCCUGCAGGCCCUCACAGGUGAGCCCUUCGAGGAGGAGGCCGCCUCCCAGGAGGCCGUGGUCCUGCAGGAGGCCGAUGCCAGGGCCUCUGGGGGCCACCCCCACCCAGAAGAGCAGACAGACAGCCUCUCCCCUGCCGGACGGGAUGCCCACGCUGGGCUCUGCCUGCCAGGAGAGUCCUGCCCAGCAGCCCCGGGGAUCGCUGCCACUCCUGAGGCGAGCGUCAUCAGGAACGAGCAGCUCCCCUCCCAGUGCCUGGCCGACGUGGACACCUCGGAUGAAGACAGCAUGCGGGCCCUCGAGGCAGCCUCCCACCUCUCCACUCAGAGCGGCCGGACCUCACCUAUGAGCCAGGGUCCCAGUGCCAGCGAGCCCACGGAGGCGGACGUGGAGGAGGAGACCCUGAAGAGAAAGCUGGAGGAGCUGACCAGCAAUGUCAGUGACCAGGGGGCCUCGUCCGAGGAGGAGGGCAAGGACAAAGGGGCGGAGCUGGACAGGAGCACUUCCUUGGAGGACCUCCCCAGGAUGACCCCAGAGGUGUGCACGUCUGCAGGCCAAACACACAGAUGGGAAAAGAGCCCCCCGGGCCCCCAAGGCCCCAUGCAGACCUCCAGGACCCCGGACGAGGCGCUGUCGCAGCUGGAGGACAGGGUGGCCGUGACGGCCUCCGAGGUUCAGCAGACGGAGAGCGAGGUGUCGGAAAUCGAGGCCAGGAUCGCAGCCUUGCGGGCUGCAGGGCUCACGGUGAGGCCCUCGGGAAAGCCCCGGAGGAGAUCUAAGCUCCCGAUAUUUCUGCCCCGACUUGCUGGGAAAUUGGGCCAGAGUCCCGAGGAUCCACCUGCAGGCCCUUCGGAUGGAGUCGAGGUGAUGGCGGGGCCCUACCUUCUGAGGAGGAAGUUCAGCAAUUCCCCUGAAAGUCAAGGCAAAGAUGAUGAGUCCUUUGAUCGGAAAUCUAUGUACCGCGGGUCCCUGACACAGAGGAACCCCAACGGCAGAAGGGGCAUUGCCCACCACAGCUUUUCGAAACCUGUAAUGAUCCACCAGCCCUAAGGGGGAGAGGCUCUUGGGAACAGAACAGAGCAACAGAGCAGCCCGCCUUGCUUUCCCUCCCCCACAGCCAUCACGCCCCCCCAUCUGCCCUGCACUCUCCAUUCCACACCAUCCAG